GUUACAUUUAUACAUCAUAAAAUCUAACCUCUAAAUUAACUGUUCAUGUUUUCGUAAAAAUUAAAAUUCCUUGUAUUUUACUGGGAAUAUAAAUUCGUAGGACGUGUUUAAAUGCAUUACCAUAAUUUGCAAUACAAUAAAUCAUAUAAAAAUAUUAAAAUCGACGCCAGCACUUGCGUAUUACCAUCACAAUUACGACCAGCAUAUAAAAGUAGGUAGAAAAGAAAAUCAUACCACAAUAGAUUUUACUGUUAACAAUAAAACAAAGUAGAAAAUGAGUUCUAAGCCCCACAUCUUGUUAUUUAGUGGUAAAAGAAAAUCUGGCAAGGACUAUAUUUGUGAAAAGCUGAAAUCAGUGCUGGGCGAAAACAAGUGCUGUGUCAUAAGAAUUUCGGCACCCAUAAAGAAAUCUUAUGCAGAGAACCACAACUUGGAUUUUAAUGAACUAUUAAGUGAUAGCCCAUAUAAAGAAACGUAUAGGCUAGACAUGAUAAAUUGGAGUGAGGAAGUGAGAAAAAAGGACCCUGGAUUUUUCUGUAAGGUAGCAUGCAGUUUAGCUCCAAAUAAGGAUGUUUGGAUUAUUAGUGAUAUUAGACGGAAAAGUGAUAUCAAGUGGUUUAAGGAAAACUAUACAAAUUUAAGCACAAUUAGAAUAUCUGCUGAUUUAGAUAUUAGAAAGCAAAGAGGAUGGAUUUUUACAAAAGGAGUAGAUGAUGUAGAAUCGGAGUGUGGAUUGGAUGAUUUUGGACCUUGGGAUGUAGAAUUUGUUAAUGACAGUAAUCAGGAUAGUGAAAGGAUUAUUCAAAGUAUUCAAAUGCUAAUAUCCCAAAAUAAGUUAAAAGACUAGAAUAAAAUAAUUAAAUAGAGUCAACCUAGUUUCUAUAAAUUAGUUAAAUAGGUAAUACAUUUUUUUUUAAUAAUAUGAUUUUUUUUUUAAUAAAUAUGAAUAUAUAGUUA